GUGGGUGACGGUGACACGCCUUUUGAGUGGCACUGUUGGCACUGGGUCCUGGUGCCUGUGACGACUAGACGCCUCAUGAUCAGGGGAAACUGUAGCUUGAUCACCAGCACCAUCGGCACCACUAUCACCACUAUCACCAGCAGUGGCAAGAGUACGGCGAUCACUACAACCACAAUCAGUAACGACAGUGUAGACGGGGGUAGUGUGAUUGCUACCACCAUCACCAGUUAGCACCAUAGAGUGAUCACCACUACCACCAUGGCGACCUCGAACAGUGAGAGCCACACUACUAUCACCACCACCACAAUGCCCACUGCCAGGGAUGGCCCCCGCCUCAACUGAUAACGUCAUCCUCUACAACAACACCAACAACAUCCUCUUCAACAACAACAACAUGACCUCCACCACCAACAACAUGACCUCCACCACCAACAACAUGACCCACCACCAACAACAACAACAUGAACGAGAACAACAACAGGAUGGUGGGCAGGAGUCCGCCAGCCAGCCCCGGGGGUGGUAAGGACCUCCACUACUACAACAUGAUAAAUAACAAUAACAACUACAAUGUGGAGACUUUGAGGAGACUUGGCUGGCCUAGAGUACCUGCCAACCUGCCAGCCCUUCUACAGGAGUUCGCUACCCUAACUAAGGAGCUGAAUGGCGCGCGGGAGCAGCUGCUGGAGCGAGAUGAGGAGAUCACCGAGCUCAAGGCCGAGAGGAACAACACUAGGCUGCUACUGGAACACCUGGAGUGCCUGGUGUCACGGCAUGAGCGGUCACUCAGGAUGACAGUUGUGAAGAGGCAGGCGGCGUCACAGUCAGGCGUCUCCUCAGAGGUGGAGGUGCUCAAGGCUCUCAAGUCCCUCUUCGAACACCACAAGGCCCUGGAUGAGAAGGUGCGGGAGAGACUACGCGUGUCCCUGGAGCGGGUGGCAUCACUGGAGGAAGACCUUAACCACACCAGGGAUGAGCUAAGCCAGUACAAGUUAGGUAAAGUUCCCGGCGAUGGUGCCGAGAGUAACCGGGUCAAUGGUGAGACAGAAUCCACGGAGGGAGGCAGCGGCGGGAGCGGCACCAGCAACGGCGACGGCUCCCCCUCGGGCGGGGAGGCGGCGGCUGGUGGGAUGGCUGAUGCUGAUGGUCCCUCCCACAACAAGUUGGUGGACCUUCAAACAAACCUCGACAAGCAGACAGCAGAACUAAACGCAGCAAGAGAGCGAGUGCGUGAGCUCCAGAACCGGCUACAGGAGCUCGAGGAUAACUUACAAGUCACACAGAAGGAGUUGGUGAAGGCUCAGGAGAUCAACUCACGUCUUCAGAGAGACCUCAAGGAGAAUGUAGCCCAGAAGGAAGACCAAGAGGAACGUAUUGCCACACUAGAGAAGAGAUACCUGAAUGCACAGAGAGAGUCGACCUCCUUACACGACCUUAAUGAAAAGCUGGAAGAGGAACUGAAAAACAAGGAGGCGCAGUAUAAACUUCAAGAGGACAAGAUUCGAGCCUUGCAAGAGAAGGUUGAACUGAGUGAGCAGAAGCUGGCUCAGUACGCCAAGUUACCCGACGUAGAACAAGAGUUGAAGCAGAGGAUGGAGGCCCUGCACCAGAAGUCCCUCUCUCCGCAGGUACAAGAAAAACACGGCAGUGCUGAGGAUCGCAUACAACGCUUAGAGAACCAGCUAGAUGAGAAAGGAGCCGAGCUUCUGCGGCUAAAUCAGCGCCUUAAGAUGAACGAAGAGCACAACUCCAGAUUAUCAGCCACUGUUGAUAAAUUAUUGCAAGAGUCUAACGAGAGGUUGCAGGUGCACUUGAAGGAGAGAAUGCAUGCCUUGGAGGAAAAGAAUGCUCUCACAGCUGAACUGGAGAGAACGAGAAAGUUCCUAGAAGAUUCCUCUCAAGAAAAAAGUGAAAUAUUGAAAGAAUUGUCAAGACGGCAACUUGAAGCAGAACAACUGAAGCAACAAAUGUUGCAACAAGAGAUAGCCUUCAAUAUAAAACAAACUGAAGCAUUAACAAGGUAUGGAACCAUUUAUCCAGCAUGCUCGGGACCUGGGGGUUACCGGAUAGGGGAUUUUUCCGGAAUUUGGAGCGACAGUCCUGAAAUGUCUGUAUCGCCAACUGGAGGGGAGUUUGUCCGAAGCACCUCUCACUCCAGCUUCGACUCGAGAUCUUUGCCCCGGCGUGCACCCUCGGCUGGGCCUCCUGCUCAGAAGCGGACACCUGCACUUGAGGAGGAUAAUGCUCAGGCCGGUGGAGGCUGGGAGUUAGGUGGUGCUCACAUCCAGCAAUCAUUUAGUGGUGAAGGUGGAGAUUUGUCUGAUGGUGAAGGAGAGGAUGCUGAGUCCUUGUUCUCACACAUGGAUAUGCUCUCACCAUCCCAUCACACUGAUGCACAAACUCUAGCACUCAUGCUACAAGAGCAGUUGGAUGCCAUCAACAAUGAAAUAAGCGACCUUAUGGGGGGGACAAGAGGUUCUGUGGGAGGGACAGAGGCUUAUUGGGGAAUGAUCUCUCCCCAUCCCCCCCCAUCGUGGGAAACCCUGCCUGAACAGCAAAGCAGAUUAAUUCAGGAAGAGAAACAAACAACAGAGGCACGGGCAGAAGAGUUAGAAUCUCGAGUGGGUAGCGUAGAGCACAUGAUGUUACGGGGGCGUUCCCUAGAACGUCCUUCUCCACCAAUAUCUGGUCGAUCUACCCCUAAGUCCCACCAUUCACCAUCUCGAGACUACCUGCAAAAGUACCACACUGCCCCGGCUGGCAUGUCUCCUUCCCAUAUGUACCAGUACAUGAAUGAUCGACGGCUCUCGGGGGGAUCUCUGCCCGGCUCCCAGGGUAACUUAGCCAACAUGAAUAGAGUCGACGGACGUGAUGAUAGCCAGGUGUCACUGGGGAUGCGCGGAGAAGGUUCUCCACCAACUCCGCGUUCUCUGCGACUAGCACCAGGCCCUGCAAUGGUCCCCCCCACCAGUCUGGUACCUGGUAGCAAUAACCUGGGAGGCCUGGGCGGUGGACCACCAUCCCAGUUGGUCAACCUGGCAGCAUCCUCUGAAGAUCUGAGGAGGUACACUCAUGUGCCUGACCACUCACCUGCCUCUGCUCUCACGCCUGCUCUCCAACACCACCCCUACUCACCAGGACCCAGUGUUGCCACCCCUGGUCAGGCCUACAACCCAUCAAACUGCAGCCUUCUCUCCAGCCCCAUGCUCAGUAGUCAAGACUCCCUUCACAAGAGUGUCAUCAAUCAACCCAAGAAAAAGGGAAUCAAGUCAUCUAUAGGACGUUUCUUCAGUAAAAAGGAUAAGCAAGGGAAAAUGAAGGAUGCCCUACAACAUCCUGGCUCUGGCUUAAGCUCUUCAGGGAUCUACAGCGAUGGUGACAUUGGUUCUUCAGACUCUUUAUCCUUAGCUGGACUAGGACAGAAGUCAGAAAUCGAUAGACGUACCAAAAAGAAUUUACCUGGGUAUAGACAUGAGCUAUUGGCUGAGGCCAUGAAAGCUGGAACUCCAUUUGCGUUAUGGAAUGGUCCAACUAUAGUGGCGUGGCUAGAGCUCUGGGUUGGCAUGCCUGCUUGGUAUGUGGCAGCUUGUCGAGCAAAUGUCAAAUCCGGAGCGAUAAUGUCUGCUUUGAGUGAUGCAGAAAUUCAACGUGAGAUUGGUAUCUCUAAUCCAUUACACCGCCUGAAAUUGCGACUGGCCAUCCAGGAAAUGGUCUCCUUGACGUCUCCAUCAGCACCCAAGACUUCCCGCACUACAUUAGCCUUCGGCGAUAUGAACCACGAGUGGGUUGGUAAUGAGUGGUUGCCAGCGUUAGGUCUCCCUCAGUACCGGACAACUUUCAUGGAGUGUUUAGUGGAUGCAAGAAUGCUUGAUCAUCUCACCAAAAAAGAUCUAAGAGGGCAACUGAAAAUGGUUGACUCAUUUCAUAGAACAUCACUUCAAUUUGGUAUCACUGCGCUGAAGAAAGUCAAUUAUGACCGCGUGGCUCUAGAGGAUCGGAGACGAGUGUGCGAAGAAGAGAAUGUAGAUGUUUUAGUAUGGACCAAUGAUCGCGUUAUAAAGUGGAUUACUUUCAUAGGUCUCAAGGAAUAUGCAAAUAAUCUCAUAGAAUCGGGAGUUCAUGGUGCACUAGUAGCAUUGGAUGAGAGCUUUGACUACAACGCUUUGGCUCUUGCAUUACAAAUUCCUACACAAAACACUCAGGCAAGACAAUUAUUAGAUCAGGAAUUUCGUAAUCUUCUAUCAACUGGAACAGAUCGAACAGAUAUCAAUAAAUCUUGAUAUGAGGCCCCCACAGCUAAGGAUGCUGAAGCUAGACUUGUUUAAUGAAUCCAAAGAAGAGCAACAGGAUGACCAGUGAUGGCAGAACCAGUGGUUGUUGAACAUGCCCUCAAUGCCCCAGCCUCAUGUUUACCCAACCCUGCAAGAGUAGUUAACUCCCUCGACUGUUGACUCCAUACAGCUAAUACUGAUUGGUCUAGGGUGUAUAAUAAGGAAAAUUACUCUGGUGAUUUAUUGUCAUACACAAAACUGCAUGCUGUUGCUUGUUGUGGGGUUCGGGCACUGUAGUAGACUGCCAGUGUCCUGAGCUGGACUCGGAUCCAUGAGAGGAUCACGUAUCAUCUGCCUUGUCAUUUGUACUCACAAAGAGCUUCUGCAGUCUGUGUGUGUUUCACUCACUGGCAAUGUAAAAGGUGAUUUUAUUAAGAUAAAUGCAAAUGUUAGUGAACUAACAAGCUGCAAAAACUGACAUUAAGGCAGUGUUAAAAGAAUCACCUUCUCAGAACCUCUAGUCGAUGGUGGCUAUAAAUCAGUGGACAGUGGUGUGGUGUGGCAUGUUCUGUUGACCUGAUGCUUGGUUUACCUAAGUGUUAAACAACUUAGCCUAGUAUGGUUGAAACUGCCUAGUACUGUGCAGGGCUGUGAAUCAGGAUAUAUUAUAUUGAACUGAAAUGUUGAUGGAAAUAGAUUGUUGCUGUGGCAGUUGAAGCCCAUUAGUACUGUAUGAUCAUGUCAAACACUUGUGACAUAAGCACAAGUAUAAAGUCCUUCAACUACACAAUAUAGAGAUGAGCCUAGCUGGAUUCUUCAAAGAUUAGGUUGACCUGCCUGGUGAUGUUUGGGAAAUGCACUACCAGAUAAUGUGCUUAAGUAUAUACAGGAAUAAAUGUUGUACAGAAGUGUGGAUGAAGCAGUGAAUGAUAUGUUGGUGUGAAUUGUUAAAUAGAAUGUGUGUGGAUGCAACUGAGGCAUUAAUGGUGCAUGUAGGUGUCAAUGAUAUUUUUGGGUCCUCUACAAGGAAGUGAAUAUUACUGGCUAGUCAUGUUGAGGCAUGUGAGUGAGGUCAUGUUGUCAGUGUGUGUAAUCUUUACCUGGUCGUGUAUAGGGGUGUCAUGUAUAUCUGGUUCAAAAUUUCCUGAAUUUUAAUUUUUUAGGCUUUCCAGUAAUUUAAAGAAUAUCAAUUAGAUGUUUAACACUAUGCAGAAUUAUUUGGUUGCUCAGUAUUGUGAAAUUAUCAGUGAAAUGCACAGGUAAUAGAAUGUUGUGCUGUGCAUCCGGUGUGACUGGAACUGCCAGAUCAGGUACAAGACUGUGUUUAUGGCUAUUUAGUAAUGUGUAGCUCAUUUGGAGUACCUCCAGUUCAUCACAGGAAUACAGUGUAUGUGUAUCUGGUGCAAUGUCUGUACGCACAUAUGAUUUAUAAUGUAAUCGUCUGUGUAUUGCCAUCAUUGUUGAAUCACAGUGUCUUGAUUUUAACUAUAUUGACUUCUGUCAGAUACGGUGGAGACUUCCAUGUGGAGGUACAGAGCAGGAUUAUGGCUAGUUAUGAAUGUGCAUGGUGAAUUGAAGACAAAAGCUAUCUUCCAUACUUUACAUGCCAAACUUGUCUUUGUAAUUAAUAUAUGUAAAAAGUCUCCUCAUUAUGAAGAUCUUGGCAAACAGUGCCAGUUUGUUUUUAUGUUAUGAUUGAUAACUGGUCAGUUGUGUAUUGGAUUUUAUGAAGUGUACUUGCUGUUAUUGAGAAGACAGAGUUGGCCAGUUAACUUGUGAAUGAGCCGUGUUGUCAUAAGGAACAGAUAUGGUCUGUACAGUGCACUUUACAUUGAUGUUGAGUAUGACUGAUUGUUUCUGUGAAACUUGUGUAAGUAGUGUCCCAUUCUCAACGUAAUGUUCAGUGUAAUGCCAGAUAUACUCACCUCAUUGUUAUAUGUAAAGCUUCAUGUUUUACCUGAUCAUCUUGCCUGUAAUCAUCCAUGAUGCAACUUUAGUUUUAAUUUCCCCUUAUGUUCUGGUGCUGUGUGGCUGUAGUCCCUUACCCUCAACCCUUCUUCCCUCAGAAAAGAAAAGCUUUCUGUAGACCUAAUUUUGUGAUGCUGUCAUAGCUCUUAAAGAGUAUUGCUUUUAUAGUCAUCAAUCAACAAGAGGUGAGAGACUACACUGUGCUCAACUGACUGGCUGGAUUCCUUCAUCAACUUUAUCUUUACAACAGAAGCUUACAGUUUAAUUGCAGCUGCUUGCCUGAUGCAUAGUCAUAAAGCUUUUUAUUUUAUUUAUUGAAUGUAUAAGAAAUUGUGCUCCUAAAAAGGUAUUUAUAUUGAUUUUUUGUUUAUAUUUCAUUCUCUUGUGUUAAUGUUAUUAGUCUUUUUCUCAUCAGUUGUACAAAGGCUCACAUAACAUUAAUAUGCAUUCUCAACCUGUCUUCAAAGUAAACUAAAGAGGAUAAUGAGGACUUCCUUAUUAACUAGUAUACUUUACAACUAUUUACUUAUCACAAUUAGUUUAGAUGUAUAGUGAAACUUGCUUCUUCAUCUACUUCUUAAUUUUCAUGUGCAAAAUGCUUCCACUGCAUGUGAUUUCCAAAUCAUUCCUUUGACAGUAUUUUAUAUAAUACCCUCACACUUUAUGCAUCUCUUGUGUGGUCUGUCUUUCUCACUCAUACUGCAACCACAAUAUCAUAACCUUAUUCACCAAACUACUGUCAUACACUUUAAAUGCUCAUGCCAUCUGAAUAGGUUCUCAUCCGUGCCACUUUUUCGUAACACUUUCUUUUAACAUUCUUUACCUAGGGAAAAUAUGUCUGAUAAGGACAAUUUAGCUCAAGGAGUCUUUUUCUGUUCUAAUAUCUUUUAUACCUACAACUUUCUUCCUUCUUUUAUUAUUCUUACAACCUUUUUGUUCCUUCUGUUGCCAUCCUCAUUGUUUCUUUAUCCCAAACACCAGAAGUCAUUCCUAACUGACAGUUCAUCACCAUUGAGCCAAACAUUACAUUAAUAUGAGUGCCUAAUUUAUUCUUGCAUUACCUCACAACCUCCUAUUGCUCCUCUUGUACACUUCAUAUAAACAAUUUACCAGUUUGUCCUGCUCAUUCUCUGACUUGGCUAGCAGAUUCUUUUGGUGGUCCAGCUAACAUAUUCUCUAUGUGACUCAGCUAACAGACUCUUUUGGUGGCUCAACUAACAGAUUCUUUUGGUGGCUCAACUAACAGAUUCUUUUGGUGGCUCAACUAACAGAUUCUUUUGGUGGCUCAACUAACAGAUUCUCUAUGUGACCCAACUCAUGGAUUCUUUUGGUGACCCAACUAACAGAUUCUGUAGGUGGCCCAACUAACAGAUUCUUUGGUUCAGGCAUUAAGGCAUUGUCAUGUGUAGAAUUGUUUUUGUGUGUAUUAUGUAGACAUACUCCACAUUUACAUAUUCUGUUGCUCUAUCGGUAAAAACUGUAAAUACACUGUCAACACAUACACAUUACACAAGUAGAGGACAUUUUCACAUAUUUCCGCUUACUUCCCUCAUUGACAUUUCUUCCACUAUCGUACUAUUAAUUCCAAUAUUAAUAUUAGUAACAGUAUUCAAAUAUCUUUUAUAUACAUCUUUCAAAGCCAAAGUUACCCCUAUUCAUUUUAAGGUACUACUGUACUGUAUUGUAAAAUCAGUCAAUAUUCCACCCCCUUUCCUUCCUCAUCAUAAGGACAGCCUGUGUUAACUCAUUCCACUGAAGAAUCUUGGUACAUUUUGGUAAAGUUUCUCCUUAGUUCACCAACCUCAUCUCAUUAUCUCCUAUUACACUGUCACCUCACUGAAAUGCUGUCAUUCAAUGAAACUUAUUUUUUUCAUUCUCUGUACCAAAUCGUAACACAUUCUUUCUAUUUUAAAUAUUCAUCCAUUCGCUAUUCUUCACCGUAUCAAGGUCUUGGCACCUCAUAUCCAUUUGUCUGAAAACAAAGUCAUUUAUGUACAGUCCCUUUCACUAGUGCAUUUACAGGGGCUCGUCAGAUUUUGUGCAGUGUGGCAGCGCUGUGUUUGUUUACAUUCGACAGAAGGAAACUCGCAAUCGAAAACAUAAUACGCAAUCAAGUUAAAGCAAUAUUAAAACAAAUACGGUAUAUCAAAGAUAAUGAUUUGUGGAAUGUUUAUAUGAUGAACCCCUGGAAAUGCACUAGUGUAGGUAGACUGUACAUGUACAUUGAAGUGGGUUGAAUAGUCUUUAUAGAAAAAAAAAUAAACAAAAUCUUUAACCCCACACUUCUUAAGAUUCUUCGAAUACUCGUACAGCAUAUUGUUUCCGCUUAAAACCCAUCCAAGUGUAAAACUAUAAUCUACAAUACCUUUUUUAUAUACACCUGUAUAAAUCUUAUCGAGCUCUGUAAUUCUAUUUUCAUUUUCACAUUCUCUCUUUGCCUACCCAUUAUGCUAAGGAGAAUAAUUUUUCGAUACUUUGUCACACUGCAGCAUUUUUAUUUGGCUACCAUUACUGUUGCUGUCUUUAAACCUUUUGAACUGUCUCUUAUACAGGGGGUUUAUAGUCUUUGAUUCUCUUACAAGAGUACUGUAUCACAUAUACAGCAUCACCUCCCCUUCACUUAGCCUCUUCAUAUCGUUACAACUUUUCCAUCAUCUUAUCAUCCCACACUUUUAAUCUAAACAGAAAGCUAGUUGUUUCCUAGGUACUCCUUCAUGAGCAGCUUGAUAUUCUCCUUGAAGGUCUUAAUACAGUAUCAUCCUUUCAAAAUUCUUUCUUUAAUACUGUAUAUAAUUUAUUGUAACUAAAGUGAUUGAGAACCUAUUUCAUUGCAAAUUAUAGUGCUACUUACCUACCUCUUCAAGCACUCUUAUGUGAGAGCAGCUACAAAACAAGUGGGAAUUGGUAAGACCAAUAUAUGUGUGUGCUAGGAGUAUAACAAUAUGUGCUAGAUGGUCUAGUAAAUUCCCAUAGGAACCACAAACUCCGUGCUAAGAGUGUGUCGCAGAAAUAGGUCUUUAGCCCACGUUAAAAUAAUUUUUGAAGCGAAGUUGUUUGCCCUCCAGAUUGCAACUGUUGAAUCUGGAUGACCAUUCCAUCUAUGUCUCAUUGUAUUUGUCUUUAUUCACAUCCUGUGGCUAACGUUUAUGAUUUAUUUUCCCUUUCCUGGCUGCUAAUUGUAAUUUGUGUCUAUCUACCUCUAAUAUGUUGUCUUCUCACACAAAAUAAAAUGGCACUUGCAAAAUUUCCUCCUGACAGUCACUAAACAUUUUUACACCACAGUAAUCGAGAUAUUUACUGAACAUAACUUUACAUUUAUUUGAAAAAUUACCAAAGUUGGGUCGUAAAUUAUUAGUAAACCUUGAGUUAGUAUUACGGUGAGUGUUACCAUCACUGUAUACAGUAUAACAGAAGGGCAUGAGAGUGAAGAUCAUCCUUUAGAUAACUUCUUGCAUAUUAUCUGUCAGGAGACCAGCAGGCAACUGAACUGUUAAUAAGUUUCUAAAUAAGUGAUUACGUACACACAAAUACAUACAUAUUACUGUACAUGAAUACCUUUUUUUUUUAUAAUACAUAUCCAGUGUGUGUGUAUAUAUAUAUAUAUAUAUAUAUAUAUAUAUAUAUAUAUAUAUAUAUAUAUAUAUAUAUAUAUAUAUAUAUAUAUAUAUAUAUAUAUAUAUAUAUAUAUAUAUAUAUAUAUAUAUAUAAAACAUGCCAUAUUAAUUUAAAAGAUGGGAGAAACAUCAGAAUAUUUCCAACACAUAGUAGAUACUUGUAAAUCAGUACAUUUAUGUGUUGGAAAUCUUAAAACCAGGCACAAUGAAGUUGCUGGUAGAAUUCUGCUUGUUGGUUUGCCUGUUACAGUUACAAACUAAGUACUGUAAUUGUUUUCAAUAUGCACCAUCAAAGAUGAAAUAAAUAAAUUGAAUGAUAAAAAUACUUUUAGCUCAGAACAAUAAGCAGAAUUUAAAAAAGAGUGAGAACUUAGUAAAAUGAGAAGGAACAACACCUAUAAGAUUGUGCUGCGGUUGAGAAAUAUAGACACACGAUUUAUUUAUUGGUGCUUAAUAGAUUAGUCAAGUCAUUAUAAUUUCAGGAAUGCUAAUUGAAAAAAGGCAAAUUAGAUAUUAAUUUAAAAUUUUCCUUUGUACCUCUGUGAUAGUUAUUUAACAUUUGUAAACCUGUAUUUGUGAUUUUUUUUUUUUAAAGGGUGCUUUUUGGGUUUUAAUUUUAUCGUAUUGUAAAGGUUGGUAUAAAAUGCCAAAAAUGGUAGUCUUAAAUUUCCAUUACAGAAUGUUGUUUAUGAAAAAAGAAAAUCCCAAAUUGAAUUUACAACACUGUACAAACCAUUAUUUUUUCUUGUAUUUUUUCCCCAAAAGGUCAUCUAUUAAUUACCUUUUCAAAUUUCCAAAUUAAGCCAUUAAUGUGUACUGUAUAGGCCCCCAACCCUUCUACCUCUGCUUUGUAUAACCUCUGGUGUUCUUUCCUGCAGUAUUACCAAAUUUUCUGCAAGUGCUGUGCUUCACCUGUUGUCAUUCAUCCCAUCAUUCAGUAAUUCACUCGGCAUUUAAUGGAAAAUUAUUUUUCCAUAGAUAUGAUUUUUUUUUAUUGCAUUCUUUUGGACCGAGUCAUCUCUCUUAAAGGAUCUUCAUAAAUGUGCUAUAUUUUCUCAGCAAGACAGCACCAGUUUAAUGAUCUUGUCAGUGUUUUGUGCCAUUAUAUGUUUAAUUCUAGGACAAAUGGGCAAUAAAUUAGUUAAUUAUAAAGAUAACAACUUAAUUCAGACUAAUGUCUAUCAUAUUUUUAGUGUCAGAAUUUUGUAUAUGGUUAUUUUUUGUGGAAGCUGCUCACUGAGUACAAGUUGAAAGUAUCUUGAUCAUCUUAAUUACUCUUAUUAUGUAAUCUAGGUGGUCUUGCAAAGUCAUGUGGAAUCCAAAAGAUCAAAUAUGGACUGGCCAGGUAUAUUUUAUGUAUCAAAUCAUCUCCAAGUGUAGCUAUGUAAGUAGAUUGUUCAGAUGUAGAAUAAUGAGCCCAACCAAAGUCUCCUUGGUGACGCCUCAACCCUGGUGCGUGAUCACCGGGCUCAGGAGGAGGCCCACCAAUCCUACCACUAAUCUUACUGUUUACCUCAUCAGUAUGUCUACUGCAGAGGUUUUGCUGUGUUGAUUUCUGUCACUUAUGUUAAACAUCGAUGCCAUGAUCCUUGUGCGAGUAGUCACAAAGAUCACUUAUUUAUGUCGGAGCUGUAGUGGCCGCUGCUGCUGGAAGACAAUACUACCGGGUUAAUAGCUAACACUAACAUUAAAGCUGUACAAGAUUGGUUAGGAUCAUGGCAGCUCUUUACAUAUCUUGUGUCAUCGUCUUCUUUUUCGUUACAUCAAAUUACUUCAAAACUCAUGUAAUAUAUCAUUAAUAAAAGAUGAUUUCUAAAGUA